UUUCAUACCGGAAAUCCUGUUGUUUUGUUGAUCAAAGCUAGCUUCACACAGCAAACGUUAGAGGAAAUUUCUUGAGCUGUUUACAGCACUUGCAACGUUUGCAAGUCAUUCAGAGGCAAAAGUCCACUGCUGGUCUGACAACCGGGUUACGCCAUAAACAUGACCAAGCACGAGUUUGAGGUGGCGAUGACGUGUGAGGGAUGCUCAGGAGCUGUUACCAGAGUCCUCAACAAGCUGGGAGAUGUGAAGUUUGAGAUCGACCUGCCUAAGAAACUGGUUUGGAUCGAGUCCGACAAGGACGUGGAAGUUCUCACGGAGACGCUGAAGAAAUGCGGGAAGGAGGUCAAGUACAACGGCACCAAAUGAAGGAAUCUGCUUCCCGUAGAACAGGAAAUCAUUGCUGCUGAUGCAAAGUGAAGAUUUAUGCUGAAAUUCAAGUUCUUUACCUGUCCUAAAAGGUCCUAAAUGACCCCCCGCAUCCCCUUGGAUGCAGUUCUUCUAAGUGUUGUGAUUUACCACAUUACUAUGAGUUUAACCCUUGUGUUGUCUUCGGGUCAAAUUUGACCCGUUGUCUAAAUGUCUAUAUCAGAAAUAUGGGUUUCUUUUUAACUACCUAGUUUGGAUUACCCUAAAAAAAUAACACAGAUGACUCCAUACAACGUGCUUCGCAAGACCAACAAAAUAUUGGAUCUCUACUUUUACUGAAUUUUGGGUUUUUUUGUUCAUUUUUUUUAACAUU